GUUUAUUAUUCUCUUGCCACACAGACUUCGCCAGCUGUGUGCUGCUGAUGACUUUGAGCUGGCACACAUCCACAGGACUCCCGGUGCGCUCGGUGCGCUCUCUGAGCGCAGAGAAAUGCGGAGAGUGCUCGUCACUUUUCAAGAGCCUCCUGGUGAAUAUCAAAGGGGUUCUUGACAAUCAUGAUUCGUGCUAUGGCAUCGCACCUAAUCUAAUGGAGGUGAGGAAUACAGUUGAGACAGUACAGGCCUGCGCACCCAAUCUGACUCAGACCUCAGGCUGCAUGAUGCAAAGAAAUUCAUCCUUCAGUGAGAGGGAAUGUCUGGGGAACAUAAUGAAGGACUUGGCCCACUACGCUGCUGCAAUUCAGUCCUACGUCAACUCCUCAAUGAGAAGUUCCAAGGAAGCUGAACUACUGAAUUCAACUCUGGGAAUAAUACAGAGGCUGAGGAAGGACUGUUCCCUGAAGCCGAAUGAAGAGGAUGACUCCUCAGAGGAGGGUGCUGCCCAAAUGUGGGGAACUGACACCUAUGAUAACAGGCAGAAGAUGUGUAAGAUGAUGAGGGGCUUCCAAGUCCGAACCAUCACCAUCAACCGAGCUAUGGGCUACAUCUCCUCAGGAGACCACAUGAAGUGAACAUCCUGCAACCUAAUCAUCAUCACCAUCAAUCCAUGUAAAACCACCUUAUCUGUACUCCUGUAUCUGAACAAGCCUUUCUGAUCAUUCACUACCAUUACAAUUACUCGCCAAGUAGUGCUUCAUACUGCACAUGCUGCAA